CAUUUUCCCUCAUUUUAGCCUCCUCGAUUUUUAAACACACUCUGUGUCUGUGCAACAAACACCAUAAAAUUAUAAUAAUGAAACUUUUCUUUCUUUUUCUUUUCCUUUUUCUAGCCACCGGAAAACCACUCCGAUUACCGGAAUACAAAGCCUUACUUUCAUUAAAAACCUCCAUAACACAAGACCCACAGUCCUCACUUUCUUCAUGGAAAAUAACCACCCGCCAUUGCACGUGGUCUGGCGUCACGUGCGAUACUAACCGUCACGUGACCGGUUUGGAUAUCUCCGGCCUUAACCUUACCGGUAUUCUCUCUUCCGACAUUGCCCACCUCAGAUAUCUAAGAAACCUCACCGUCGCCGCCAACAACUUCGCCGGACCUAUCCCGCCGGAACUUUCUUCCAUCUCCGGUCUCCGGUUUCUCAACUUAUCAAACAAUAUCUUCAAUGAAACGUUUCCGCCGGAGCUCGGAAGUCUUAAGUAUCUUCAAGUUCUUGAUCUCUACAACAACAAUCUCACCGGCGAACUUCCGGCGAGUGUUUCUAACCUCACAUCAAUCCGCCACCUUCAUCUCGGCGGAAACUACUUUUCCGGCGAGAUUCCGCCGUCAUACGGCGGAUUUCCGUCGCUCGAAUACCUCGCCGUUUCCGGCAAUGAGCUAACCGGAUUCAUCCCGCCGGAGCUCGGAAACUUGACCACACUCAAACAGCUGUAUCUAGGCUACUACAACACAUACUCGGGCGGAAUACCGCCGGAGCUCGGUAAGCUUAAAAACCUCAUCCGACUUGACGCCGCUAACUGCGGGCUCACCGGGAAAGUCCCACCGGAAGUCGGAAAGUUACAAAACCUAGAUACAUUAUUUUUACAAGUUAACGGACUUAACGGACCGUUAACGGAAGAGUUAGGAACGUUAAAGUCGUUAAAAUCAAUGGAUUUAUCAAACAAUAUAUUCACUGGUGAAAUACCGGAAUCGUUUAAAAACUUAACGAACUUGACGUUACUAAACUUAUUUCGUAACAAGCUGUACGGAUCUAUUCCUAUAUAUAUAGGUGAUUUACCUGAAUUGGAAGUUUUACAGCUGUGGGAAAAUAAUUUUACUGGGGUAAUUCCUCAACAGCUUGGAAUGAAUGGGAAGUUAAGAAUACUUGAUUUGUCUUCAAAUAAAUUAACCGGUUCAUUACCGCUUAAUUUAUGUUUUGGAAACAAACUUGAGACUUUAAUUCUGUUGGGGAACUUUUUGUUUGGUAAAAUUCCGGAUUCAUUAGGGGAAUGUAAGUCGUUGAGUCGAAUUCGGAUGGGUGAGAAUUACUUAAACGGGUCGAUUCCGGUUGGGUUGUUUGGUUUGCCUGCCUUGUCACAAGUCGAGUUACAAGAUAAUGAUUUGUCUGGGGGUUUAUAUGUGUCGAAUUUAGUUAGUACUAGUCUGGGACAGGUUAGUUUGUCGAAUAAUAGGUUAAAUGGUUCUUUACCUGCUAGUAUUAGUAAGUUAGGAGGUGUUCAGAAGCUUUUGCUUGAUGGUAAUAGGUUUAGUGGGCGGGUUCCGAAGGAGAUUGGGGAGUUGAAGCAGUUGUCUAAGAUUGAUUUGAGUGAUAAUGAGUUUACGGGUGAGAUAACGCCUGAGAUUAGUAAGUGUAAGUUGUUGACGUAUGUUGAUCUUAGUAGGAAUGAGUUUUCGGGUGAGAUACCAGCUGAAAUUACUAGUAUGCAUAUUUUGAAUUAUUUGAAUGUGUCAAGAAAUCGUUUGGUUGGAAGGAUUCCGACGUCUGUUGGAUCGAUGCAAAGCUUGACGUCGGUUGACUUUUCAUAUAAUAAUCUUUCGGGGUUGGUUCCUGGUACUGGUCAGUUUAGUUAUUUCAAUUAUACUUCAUUUUUAGGGAAUGCAGAUCUUUGUGGACCGUAUUUAGGACCUUGUAAAACCGGGGUUAUGAAUGGUACUCAUGAAGAACAUUCGAAAGAGCACCUUUCUGCUUCUGUGAAGCUUUUACUUGUUAUUGGGUUGCUUGUUUGCUCUAUUGCAUUUGCUGUUGCAGCAAUCUUUAAGGCUCGAUCGAUAAAAAGAGGAAGUGUGGCGCGGUCAUGGAAGCUUACUACUUUCCAACGGUUGGAUUUCACUUGUGAUGAUGUUCUUAAUAGCUUGAAGGAAGACAACAUUAUUGGAAAAGGUGGAGCUGGGAUCGUUUACAAAGGGGUUAUGCCAAAUAACGAGCAGGUGGCUGUGAAAAGAUUGCCAGUAAUGAGCCGUGGUUCAGCUCAUGAUCAUGGGUUCAAUGCUGAGAUUCAAACUUUAGGGAGAAUCAGACACCGUCAUAUUGUGAGGUUAUUAGGUUUUUGCUCAAACCAUGAGACAAAUCUUUUGGUUUAUGAGUAUAUGCCGAAUGGAAGUUUGGGAGAGAUGUUACAUGGUAAGAAAGGUGGUCAUUUGCAUUGGGACACUCGGUAUAAGAUAGCAUUGGAGGCUGCAAAGGGUCUUUGCUAUCUCCACCAUGAUUGCUCGCCUUUGAUCCUACAUCGCGAUGUUAAAUCCAACAACAUACUUUUGGAUUCUAACUUUGAAGCUCAUGUCGCGGAUUUUGGACUUGCUAAGUUUAUGCAGGAUUCGGGCACUUCAGAAUGCAUGUCAGCCAUUGCUGGUUCUUAUGGCUACAUCGCACCAGAAUAUGCAUACACUUUAAAGGUUGAUGAAAAGAGCGAUGUAUACAGUUUUGGGGUGGUUCUUUUAGAGCUAGUAACUGGAAAGAAGCCUGUUGGAGAAUUUGGUGACGGUGUAGACAUUGUUCAAUGGGUAAGGAAGAUCACUGAUGGUAAGAAGGAAGGCGUUUUAAAAAUCUUGGAUGCUAGACUCUCCACUGUUCCAAUCCAUGAGGUGAUGCACAUGUUCUAUGCAGCAAUGUUGUGUGUUGAAGAACAGGCAGUAGAGCGCCCAACAAUGAGAGAAGUUGUUCAAAUCUUAACCGAGCUACCAAAGCCUCCAACAACCACCACCACAGGUUCACCGUCUCCAGCAUCAUCCCCAGCCAAUGCAGUGUCACCAGAAGAAAAUGAAGGGGAAAACCAGCCGGCAGACCUUCUAAACUUGUAGAACUAUAAAGGUUGCUGUUAAGUUUUAUGGAUUUGGGUAUUGAGGCUUAGGUUUGGUAUUUAUAUUUCUUUUAUCUUGGUUUAUGUUGUUUGGGGUUUAAGUAUGGUUUAAGGGGAGGGUUUUAGUGUUGAAAUGUUUAGAUUGAUUUGGAGAUAUCUGUGUAUAGCAGUAUUGGUUGGCGGUUUUAAGUUAAUAUUAGUAUUAAGCAGUGUUCCAUAAUUAGGUAAUCUAAAAUCAUCUCUUAUGUGACAUUACACAAGUGAAGUAAUCUUAAGAGCAUGUUUUCAGUGAAUUGAUUAAUAUAUUUUCCGAGUGCAAUUAGUAUUUCUGUUAA